UCUGUAACCCGAUUAGUACAUUCCUCUAUGUUUCCCUCUAGUCCACAACCAUGUUCAGUUCAUCGUCAUAUUGAAGGGAGGUCGGUUGGACCUCCGGGGACUCCGCAGGUAGCUCUCAUCUGGGCGCAGUUGGGACUGGACGCGGUUUGGGCGGCAUGGGGGGAAGGCGCGGGGGCGCAUCUGGAUCCAAGAAGGACUUCACGUUUGUCAGUCCGGUUGUGAAGUACCUGCUGUUUAUUUUUAACUUUCUUUUCUGGAUAAUCUCUCUGAUGAUGGUGGUGAUUGGAGUGUACGCCCGCAUGGCAAAGCAUGCAGAGACAGCUCUGGCGUGCUUGUCUGUGGAUCCUGCCAUGAUGCUGAUGAUUAUAGGAGUCCUCAUGUUCGUAAUCACCUUCUGUGGCUGUGUGGGCUCCCUGCGAGAAAACAUCUGUCUCCUGCAGACAUUCUGCGUCUGUCUGACUGUCAUUUUUCUGCUACAGCUGGCUGUUGGUGUCCUGGGCUUCAUCUUUUCUGAUAAGGCAAGGCAUAAAGUAACUGAAAUACUCAACAAUGCCAUCGUCCACUACAGAGAUGAUAUUGAUCUGCAGAACCUUAUUGACUUUGGCCAAAAAGAGUUUGAGUGCUGUGGAGGGACGGAAUACAAAGACUGGUCCCGGAACAUUUACUUCAACUGCAGCCAGAGCAACCCGAGCCGAGAACGCUGCUCUGUCCCGUUCUCCUGCUGCAUCGUGUCAAAAAAACAGGAGGUGAUCAACACCAAGUGUGGGCAGGGCAUGCAGGAGUUAGACUUCGACGAAGCUGGAAACCACAUCUACACCAACGGCUGCAUCGACAAGCUGGUUAACUGGAUCCACAGCAACCUGUUCAUACUGGGGGGCAUCGCACUGGGACUGGCCAUACCACAGCUGRUCGGCAUGCUUCUGUCUCAGAUUUUAAUAAAUCAGAUCAAAGACCAAGUUGAGUUGCUGAACUACAACCUCAAGCAUCAGUCGGACCCCUGGAGCUGAUCCAGGACCAGAUUCUUCUGAAACUCUGCUCCCAUCUGCUGGACAGUUGCCUUUACUACAGGUCGUAACUGAUUCUUCAGUAUUUUUUUAAUGAUGAAUUUGUUUUCAAAGAGAAUAAAAAGGUGUGCAGU